AAGGUUGUGGUAGGACCUGGAAGUGGAGAAAUGCUAUUCGUAUUCCCCUGGGCUUUCAUGUAUGUACUCUGUUUGAUGUUGUAUGUAUCCUAGUGAAUACAAAGCUAGAUGAGGUAGUAAGAAGUAGUACCUACGUAAUAACUUCGUUCUUGGAGGAAUAAAUAUGAUCCCUCAUUCCCCAUCUCGGAACUGGGUAGGUCUCUUCUCUUUACCUCUGUCAAGAUAAUCAUGGUGGCUUCAAUUGUUACUCUCACGGCUUUUUUGGCUGUUGGCUUGGUGUCCGCCUCACCUAUCAAAGCUCGUACGCCGUACGCUGUGAAGGAAACUCAUUAUCCUCCUUCUCAAUGGCAGAGAGUAGGACCCGCGACUAAGGGCCAUUUGAUUAAUCUUCAAAUUGGCUUGAGGCAAGGUCAAUUUGAUGAAUUGGAAAGGCAUCUUUAUGAAGGUAUGUUUAUUUUGUUCAUAUAUCGGAGGAGAGCGUAUUCAAUAGCCUGGAACAUUGGAAACCUGAGAACAAUUGAGUGACAAUUUGACUAAUGUAAAUGCAUAGUCUCCGAUCCUUCUCAUCAUCGUUACGGCCAACAUCUCAGUGCUGAUGAGGUAAACGAUCUCAUCAAGCCUACCGAUGAAACUUAUAACCUCGUCCACGAAUGGCUUCGAGAUAAUAACAUCGAGGCGGGAUCCCUUGAAUACAGUCCUGCUAAAGACUGGAUCAAAAUCACCAUCCCCAUAGAGGACAUUGAAAAUCUCUUGGAUACCGAAUAUUCAACUUAUCAACACAAAGAUGGAGAAUACAUAGUUCGUACUCCAGAAUGGUCAUUACCUCUUCAUCUCCACGACCACAUCGAGACAAUUCAACCCACCAAUUCUUUCUUCAAACCACGCGCUGUAGCAAAGACAAUGAAGAAAGUUGGCGAAAUCACCGAAUACGAAGCUUUAACACCAUCGACCUACAAACCUCCUACCGUUGGACAAACUGCGGCAGAUGUUUGCAAUGUCUCGUCGGUAACUCCACUUUGUCUUCGAACUCUUUACGGUACCAUAAACUACACGGUUCAAGCUGCUCACAAAAAUAAGAUGGCUCUUACAGACUACCUCGGAGAAUCCAACAAUCGAUCCGAUACCAAACUUUUCCUUGAACAAUAUAGACCUGAAGCAGCUUCAGCAGCCUACAGUUUUGAAGUUCAGAUUAUCAACGGCGGUAAUAAUGACCAAGGACAAGAAAAUGCCACAGAACUCAAAGCUGGUAAAGAUCUCGAGGGAAAUUUGGAUUCGGAGACUAUGUUAGGAAUCGGUUAUCCAACUCCAUUGAUCGCUUAUACGACCGGUGGUUCCCCUCCUUUCACCCCGGAUUCGCAAACUCCUACCGAUACUAAUGAACCAUAUCUUACAUGGUUACAAUACAUGCUCGAUCAAAAAGACAAAGAUCUUCCAGGAGUAGUAAGCAACUCAUAUCAAGAUACUGAACAAACAGUCCCAUACUCGUAUGCCGUUUCCGUCUGUAAAGGAUUUGCCCAAUUGGGAGCAAGAGGUGUUUCCGUUCUUUUCGGAUCAGGAGAUAAUGGUGUAGGAUCAGAUGGUACAUGUAUUUCGAAUGUCGACAAUAGCACAACAUUCCUCGCCAUGUUUCCAUCAACAUGUCCUUACGUCACAUCAGUCGGAGGAACCAAAUUCAUCAACCCAGAAGUCGUCGCCUCAGAUGCCAGAAAUGGUUAUGUAUCCGGGGGAGGAUUUUCCCGCUAUUUCCCACGUCCCUCUUGGCAAGACGCGGCCGUGAAACCAUAUCUCUCCUCUCUUCCCAAGAACAUCACUAAGUAUUUCAACGCAACCGGUCGUGCUUUCCCUGAUAUCGCCGCUCAAGGUUACGAUUACAUUACUGUUUGGAAUGGCACUCUUGUUCAUCUUGAUGGAACUUCUGCGGCUACUCCUACUGCUUCUGCUAUCCUUGCUUUAAUUAACGAUGCGUUAAUCGCAGCAGGAAAACCAACUUUGGGUUGGUUAAAUCCUUGGUUAUACAAGAAAGGUUAUAAAGCUUUCACCGAUAUCACGAGUGGAAGUUCUAGUGGUUGUGGUACUGAUGGAUUUCCAGCAACUACUGGUUGGGAUGCUGCUUCGGGUUUUGGUACUCCGGUAAGUUCAUCUCCAUCUCUCUUUUUUUCUUUCUUAUUUUGAUGCUUGAUACGGCUACUAAUUUGAUUGACUAAUAUAGGUUUUCCCAAAACUUAAAAAUUUGGUCCUCUCUAGUAGUUAUGGACAUAAUUGACGUCGGGGUUUAUUCAUACCGUGGUAUAGACAUUUGAGAAUGAUCACUUGGGUGGUUAUUAUCUAUACUUGUAUUUAAUAUUUGACGCAGUCAAUAGUAGUAACAACAACAAUAUGCAAAAUUAUUUGUA